UCGCGGCCCGGGCGCCCGGAGCUGUAGCAGUAGCCGCUGCUGCACCGGGGCCGCCACCGCGGCGGGGAUCCGCGUCCCGGGCGCGCACAGACCAUGGAGAGGGCGGCCCAGGGCGCGGACGGCGGCGGGGGCAGCAACAGCAGCAGCCGAAGCAGCAGCCGCGCCACCUCGGCGGGUUCCUCGCCCUCCUGCUCGCUGGCGGGCCGGGGGGUCUCUGGCCGGCCCUCGGCAGCCGGGCUCGGGGGCGGGGGCAGCCGCAGCAGCCCUGGUUCGGUGGCCGCUAGCCCGUCUGGGGGCGGCAGUCGCAGGAGGGAGCCGGCGCUCGAGGGCGUGCUCAGCAAAUACACCAACCUCCUCCAGGGCUGGCAAAACAGGUACUUUGUGCUGGAUUUUGAGGCUGGCAUCCUGCAGUAUUUUGUGAAUGAGCAAAGCAAACACCAGAAACCUCGAGGAGCCCUGUCUUUAUCUGGAGCCAUAGUGUCCCUGAGUGACGAAGCUCCCCACAUGCUGGUCGUGUACUCUGCUAGCGGAGAGAUGUACAAACUGAGAGCUGCCGAUGCAAAAGAGAAACAGUUUUGGGUGACUCAGCUUCGCGCUUGUGCCAAAUACCACAUGGAAACGAAUUCGAAGAGUACUCCAAGCUCCCGGAGCCGAAGUCUCACUUUGCUCCCCCAUGGAACGCCCAAUUCUGCGUCUCCCUGUAGCCAGAGACACCUCUUUGCGGGGGCCCCUGGUGUGGUCACAGUCACGCAUCACAAGUCGCCUGCAGCCGCCCGAAGAACCAAGAGUCAGUAUCCCGGCCAGCUUCACGAAGUCAGAGAGAUGAUGAACCAGGUGGAAGGGCAGCAGAAGAACCUAGUGCAUGCCAUCGAAUCCCUGCCGGGCUCCGGGCCCCUCACUGCCUUGGACCAGGACCUGCUGCUCCUGAAAGCUACCUCUGCCGCCACCCUCAGCUGCCUCGGAGAGUGCCUCAGCCUGCUUCAGCAGAGUGUGCACCAGGGGACGACCCCCUGCCACAAGCCGGGGCCCUCAGAAAACAUCCUGGGAUGGCAUGGGUCCAAGUCACAUUCCACAGAGCAGCUGAAAAAUGGGACACUCGGCUCUUUGCCAUCAGCCAGUGCCAACAUAACCUGGGCAAUUUUACCAAACUCCACCGAGGAUGAACAGCCCCGACAGCCGGAGCCAGAGCCAAACUCAGGCCCUGAACUGGUUUUGUCCGAAGAUGAGAAAACUGACAAUGAAGAUAAAGAAGAGACAGAAUUGGGCGUCAUGGAGGAUCAGCGUAGCAUAAUUCUUCAUCUCAUCUCACAGCUCAAACUUGGAAUGGAUUUGACCAAGGUGGUGCUCCCCACGUUUAUUUUGGAGAAGCGAUCUUUGCUGGAGAUGUAUGCAGACUUUAUGGCACACCCUGACCUGUUGCUGGCCAUCACUGCUGGGGCCACGCCGGAGGAGAGAGUCAUUUGCUUCGUGGAGUAUUAUCUCACAGCCUUCCAUGAGGGCCGAAAGGGGGCUUUGGCCAAGAAGCCCUACAACCCCAUCAUUGGCGAGACGUUUCACUGCUCCUGGGAGGUUCCCAAGGACAGGGUCAAGCCAAAGAGGACUGCUCUGCCCUCUCUUGCUGGCUGUUGUGAACACCCAGUGGCUGAUGACCCUUCCAAGAGCUACAAGCUCCGGUUUGUAGCUGAGCAAGUGUCCCAUCACCCUCCCAUCUCCUGCUUUUACUGUGAGUGCAAGGAGAAGAGACUGUGCAUCAAUACCCACGUGUGGACCAAGAGCAAGUUCAUGGGCAUGUCCGUGGGCGUCUCUAUGAUCGGGGAAGGUGUGCUGAGGCUCCUGGAGCAUGGGGAGGAGUACGUCUUCACCCUGCCCAGUGCCUAUGCCCGGUCCAUCCUCACCAUUCCAUGGGUGGAGCUCGGAGGAAAAGUGAGCAUCAGCUGCGCCAAGACUGGGUACUCGGCCGCAGUGACGUUCCACACGAAGCCCUUCUACGGAGGGAAAGUGCACAGGGUCACAGCUGAAGUAAAGCACAAUCCGACCAACACCAUCGUCUGUAAAGCUCAUGGGGAGUGGAACGGCACCUUGGAGUUUACCUACAGCAACGGAGAAACCAAAGUCAUCGACACGACCACCCUGCUGGUGUACCCGAAGAAGAUCAGGCCUCUGGAGAAGCAGGGGCCCAUGGAGUCCAGGAAUCUCUGGCAGGAGGUGACGCGAUACUUGCGCCUAGGGGACAUCGAUGCGGCCACUGAGCAGAAGCGACGCCUGGAGGAGAAGCAGCGGAUAGAGGAACGGAAUCGGGAGAGCCUCCGCACACCAUGGCAACCCAAAUAUUUUAUCCAGGAGGGUGAUGGCUGGGUAUACUUCAACCCCCUGUGGAAGGCACACUGAUGGGGUGAUGGUGUGGAGCUUUCCUAGAGAGGCCUGUUUUUGUAGAAAUUAAAGUGGUACAGUAUCAAGGUUCUGUUGGCAUUCACUGAGAAUUCUUGUUAGCAUCUAAGAAGUGGUUUCAGAGAAAUUAUAUACUGUGAAAACUGCACCCCAAACUCUGCUAGAGGAUUGAAUUUAUUCAAGAGCCAUUUGGGGCACAUGUGACAUUGUAUAUGUUCACACAUGCACUAUGUACAUAUCUGUUGAGUAUUACUACACAUGUAAAUACUGCACUCACCGAGGUUUAAGGGGGGGAAUCAUGAGCUCCUUUUUAUCAAUGAGUUUUGAAGUUUUCUAUUUUUCACUUUGCCAAAAAAUGUUUUGCACUUGAAAGAUGUUUUCACUUAGUCAGUUCCUGUCAAGAUGAAGGUUGCACUGGUAUGGCCCCACUGAUGUCCCUGUGGCAGAAAGCGCUCACUGCUGGGAGAAGCAUGGGUGGCGAUAAUUUCAUAAUUAUUGGGAUUUUCACCUCCCUCUCCGCCUCAGUGUUUUGUUUGUCCACACCCAAGAAACAUAAACUCUUUUCCUGCUGAGUGCCAAGGGUGGGGAAGAAGCUGAUGGAAAUUAAUGCCAGACCCUUCCAGGAUGGAUCCCCGCUGGGAGAACCUAGCGCCAGGCUCCACUGGGAGUUUUCUUCCCAUCUUUCUGAUGGUUUCUCAUGCACAAAGCACCAGUCAUACAUUUUUCAGAACUUGCUUCUUUUACAGUAGAAAACAAAUCAUAUACUGAUCUCACUACUUUUAUGAAGAAAAAAGGGCUUUAGAAAUUAAAUACAUGCACGCAUACAAAACAUGCACAACUACCGCCUCAAUCUUAAAUUUAGUUUGGGAAAGGGAAAGAAUUGCCUGUGGAUUUUUGUUCUUAAGUGCACCUUUAUGGUUUGACCCAAACUCUGCAAGAAAGCCACUGUGACUAAAACAUACAUCACGCCUGCAUACAUGUUCUGUGCUUUCAGUUGAUUUCAAGUCCUCGGUCUUUACAAAUGAGGUCAAAGACAUGGCCAAAACAAAAAGCAAGGGAAAAAUGAUUUGGUUUUUGCUGAAUGCUUAAUUUAUUUUUUACUGUGCCACUCCAGUGAUAUUUAUAAAAUCCAGUAGCAUGAAUGCUUCUCUGUAGUAAUACGAAGUUUGUGCCUUUUGUCUGCUUUCUUAAGACCAGUUCACACUUUGUAGAUAUUAGACAAAUAUAUUUCGAUUAAAUACUA